GUGCUCAUACACCGCAUACGAGCCUGCCGGGACAAACAAAACAAAAGAACAUCGUGCCGUCGGUUUCAGUGCGACAAAAGUGAAGUUCGUUUGAUUUCUCAAAACUCCAAAACUCUUAACCGUUUUUUCGACGAUACGCUGCAAAAAGUUUUAAACUACAUUUUGGAACAGGAGUCAGUAGAAAGUGAAUAUUUUGUGACAAGCCUUUGACCGUGCCGAAACAGCAACGAUGGAAGUGGACAUGGACGGAUUUGUGGUGCCAAACAUGCAGGCCUGGUUCCGGCAGAACAGUUUCAUCAGCACCCCGGACAACGGAUUGCUCUAUCAUUCGCGGUCGGACGUGAACUACAUUGCCCCGCUGGUCAAGAACCAAAUGCCCCGGGUCAAGAUUUUCAACGUCAAAUCCAUAAUCAAAUCCUUGGCCUGUUCCCCGGAUUGGAGCGAGCGGCGUGAGUUCGCCACCUUUGACGAUCAGAACAACCUCCAGGUGUGGGACGUCGAUCAGGAGGCGGCCACCAAGGGUCACAAAGGGCACGUGUACAAACUGAAAAGGGGCGACAGUCGUGGUGGCCAAAGUAACGAUGUGACCUCAGCUAUAUGCUUCACCCGGACGCAAAAAAUCAUCUCCUGCGAUCACUCGGUAAUGAUCGUCUACUGUUUGGCGACGGACACGUUCAAAACCUAUGGGGACUUCUUCAAACCGAACCAAACGGUGGUCGUUCUUUCGGCGUGUCCCACCGAUCGGGACGUUUUUGCCGCGGGAAUGAAGGACGGUUUGAUUCAGAUGUUCUCGCUUCGGGACAUGGCCAUUUUGCGCAACAUGCGAGGCCACGAUACGGAGAUCGUUUCAAUCGAUUGGAUGCAGGUCCGGGUGAAAUCAGAGGAAGCAAGGAUCAGCUGGCGACGGGAGGAACGCCCGAAAAAGGAGGCCCGCAAGAAGGGCGGUAAAUCCGAUGCAAAGCCAGCCAACAAUUCAAAUGCGGCCGCGAGCAGUUCAGCAGCCGCGGACAAUUCGGACAUUUUUGAUAUCUACGAUUUCGAUGAUUCGAAAGAAGAGUUUGGUACUAUCAUCAAUCGGGAGACGUCGAACUAUGAUCAGCGGGAUCGCUUCCGGGAAAAAGUUCACACAACGAAGGGGUUCAACUUCUUGGAAGAAUGUCAGAAUUUAAAGAAAGACUUGGCGGAAGCAAGACAACGGGAAAAGGAGGAUCAGGACGAUGACGUGGCCGAUGAUGUCGAGAGGGCACACGAGAUAAACACUGACGAUGAAAAUGAGUUGGAUGAGGCGGAGAAAUUUCGUGACUUUAUUAUCAUGGAUGGAGAAGGCCAGGAAGGCGCCAAGGACGAACAGAACGAGGAAGAGGAGGGAGAACCGAGAAUGAUUCUGGUGACGGGAAGUCGUGAGAAUGUAAUUUUCCUGUGGGAUCAUGAAUCAGGAGUGGCCGUUGACAAGAUUAUGCUGGCCAGCAACCAAAAUCUGAACAAGCGACUGUUUGCAGGUAUAUUUAUCACAGUUGCGUGGGUGAGUCCAACCAAAAUUGUGGCCAAUAACGUUUCUGGACACGUGUACGAAUGGAAUCUGUCGUUCUUCUAUCGUGCAUCCCGAGUAAGAGUGACCGUCAACCAGGGCAUUCGCUAUCCUGUCGAUAUGGCGAUUUAUGUGGCACGAUCCAGCGGUCCUAUCGCAGACUUCGAUCCGAAGACAAAUUACGUCUGGUGUCAAUCGAUCAACCGGAAAAUUGUAGGAGUUUCGGUCACGGAGAAACCAGAAAUCGUCGCCGAUCUCUCAUGCAUGGCAACCGGAAACACGUGCGUCAUAGAAAAUCCAUUGGAAUCGACGGUUCUGGCUGUUGGAUGUGUCGAUAGGAACUUGGUCACACUGAAUCUGGCCAGCAUGACGUUCAACGAUGUGAACUGCGUACGAUUCAUGAACAAAGUUUGCUCCAAAGUGUCGGCUCUCGAUUGGCACCCGGAACGGGAGAAUUAUAUCGCGUUUGGUACGGCCGAAGGUCGAAUCGGUCUACUGGACACGAACAGUCCGAACAACGUUCCGGUUCUGUUGAACUCGUUCCUCUCCACCGACGUGUACACAUUGAAGUGGUGUGAAAUGACGGACGAAUUCUUCCAGAAGAGCACGGUGCUGUUUGCCACAGGAAAGUCAAAGCUGGCGUACUACAAAAUGAUCGGAGCUAGUAAGCACGAUCCCAUUGAGCUGCGCCAGUUCGGAAUGGUUUCCUGCGUGUCGGCCUCGGGACAUUAUCUAUUCGUCGGAACACAGGACGGAUUUGUGUUUGUCAAUGACCUCAGCAAGAGUUUGGCUCAACUUUAUCACCGUCAAGUUUCCGGACGGUACAUAUGCUCCAUGCAGUUCAAGGACAAUGUGUUGGCAGUGGCUUCGAAUGAGUGCAACAUACGACUGAUCGACUUCAGCAACGGAAUCGACGAUAAAAUUGGCGACAACAUUAGGCUGCUGGAGGGACACACCGAAGGGGUUUGUUGUCUGCGAUGGGGUCACGGAGAUAGUAAACUGCUAGUUUCGGGAAGUUUUGACAACACGGUUCGAGUAUGGGAUACGACGAGCUACAGCUGUUUGGCACUGUACAGAAGCACCGAUUCGGUGUUCUGUGCCAUGUUUUCUCCUAUCCAUGAUAAUAUCGUGAUAUUGACCGGAAGAGGCACAACUUUGGCAUUCAUUGAUUACACCAAACAUCCGGUUACAGAGAACGCGUUAGCUAAAAAAACACGUCUUCCAGUAAAGUGGGCCACUGAAGAAGGAAGAAUCGACAAAAAAGCAACACGAGAGAAGCGAAGAGCUGGCAAGCCUUUGGAACAACUUCAAAAGUCCAUUGAUACGCUGCAGAUCUCGGAAAACGUUGGAGCAGCUGAUACCGUAGCGCCGGACGUAGUUCCAACCGGGGCAGUUAACGGCCACGUGAGUCAUGACACAGCGUGCAAAGUGGAAGAGAAACCGAAUGUCAAACCCACUCCAGAGAUGGACGAGUUGGCAGAGCACCUGAAGGCUAUUAAAUUUAAGGAAAUCAAACCAGUAGAGUUGAAAACGAAUGUGCCGACCACGUUCCACCUGGCAAAUAAAGAGAUCAACAAGCCAACCGAUGUGUUGGCGUGUUUAGUCAAAUUGAUCGACUAUGAACCGCCAAACGAGGACUAUUCGAAGGAACAGGAUGCGGAGGAAAAACCGGCCGUGAAGGUCGAUAGCGGCGAGAAACGGUACUUCAAUGAGAAGCUUUUCAUGAGCGAAAAAGAUCUGAAAGAACUAAUCGACGAAGAAACUAAGAAUCAUCACAUUGCCCAUACGGCAUCGAUCGGAGCCAUUCUGCUUCCGCAGAUUGGUUUCCGUUUGAAGGAGGAAAUCCUUCAAAGAAUUGCGUCCAAGCGGCUAACGGAACAGCUGGUAGCGUUAGCGCCAUCAGUUUCCUACGAGUUUUGGCGGAAAUGUUGUGAAGCUUAUGGCUAUCAGCUUCUGGAGAAACAGUACCCUUUGGCGUCGAUUCCCUAUUUCCUAGCUAGUCAUAAGAUCACCGAAGCGAUAGACUACCUUUGUAAGCACAAGUACUUCCGUGAAGCGUUGGCCAUUUGCAAAUUGCGAAAAGCCCAUGACGAUCCCCUCCAAAAACAAGUAGCGGGCGAGUGGGCUCAGUAUCUGGAAAUAUCCGGCAACUUCGAGGGAGCCGCUCUGGUGUGGACCUCCGCGAAAAAGUACCAAAAUGCCGUUUCCGCGCUGUCGAAGCGGAAGGAAGUCACACAAGAUAUCCAGGAUGCCAUCGAUGCGCUGAAAGCGAAACUUCGGCAAUCAGCCGAGUAACAAGUUACCUGCAGUAUUACAGGGAGGAUAUCAAACCAUUCUCAUAUAUUUUAAAAGAUUGAUUGUUAUCUCCAUUGUUGUUAUCAUAUUGAUACUCGCUUUGGCAGUGAUAACGUUAGUUGUAUGCAAUUGAAAUGAACACUCGAAUAAAAGAUACGACAAAGUGCUAAAAGUUAAUAAAUAA